AUGAGUAAAUUGUAUAUGCCACGAGUAGUUAAAAUGACAAAUCAUUCGUCGCGUGAGAGGGCGGUGAUUGAGAGAGGACUGCAGUCUUUUGCCCAGUCCACCUGCAUCCGCUUCUACAGACGAACUCACCAGAGAGACUACAUCCAUAUUCAGUCACGCAGCGGCUGCUGGUCGUAUAUGGGCUGCCAGGGUGGAGAGCAGGUGGUGUCGCUGGCCAGAAGUGGGUGCAUACAUCACUCAGUAGUGCAGCAUGAACUGCUCCACGCUCUGGGCUUCGACCACGAACAGUGCCGCAGCGACCGAGACCAACACAUACUCAUCUACUGGCAGAACAUCAUCCCAGAGUACAUAUUUGCCUUCAAAAAGAUCAACACCAACAACCUGGGAACGCCUUAUGACUACAGCUCAGUCAUGCAAUACGAAAGGUACGCCUUCUCUCGUAACCGGCAGCCCACUAUGGUCCCGUACCCCAACCCAAACGUGGCAUCCUCAGAGUCAAACGUCUCUAUGGCUGCA